AUGGAAGACGAAUAUAAGAACGACGACGAAAUUCCAUGCACAGAAGGAUUCUUUUCAUCAAUUUGGAAUUAUGCUUUUUAUUGGAUGAUUCGGCCAAGCUUUAGAGGAAUCAUAUUUGGUUUAGGACUCUUUUUUGCAUUAAAAGUUUGUUGCCCUUAUCUAUGCAAUCGGUAUAAAAUCUCUUACAAUUUGCAAAGCACAUUAACCAAGGAUAUCUAA